UCACAGAUAUAGAGAAUGUUUGGGUCAGAACUGGUGUGACGCGGUGCCGUUUGGACCAGUAGCUCCUCAUUCCAGGCUCCCGCCCCCCCGUCUGCCUUAAAAGCGUGCUGCGCGGAGCCGUCGGCGUCUUCCACGGCAGCCAUGACCUCGACCUCUCGCCCGCCGCUGCUGCUGCUCCUCGCCGCCUGCGUGGCCGGCGGCGCCCUGCGGCCGCGGGCCAUGUGGCAGCUGGGGCAGACGAUCCAGUGCGUCCAGCCCGACGUCAACCCCCUGAGGUACAACGACUACGGCUGCUGGUGCGGCUUCGGAGGCACCGGGACGCCCCGGGACGGAGUGGACACGUGCUGCAAAGCUCAUGAUGAAUGCUACCACGCGAGCAGGACCACACCUGGAUGCACAGCUGUGGCCGACCUGCCCUACAUCCUGGUUUAUGACUUCAGCUGCUCAGACAGACAAGUGGUCUGUUUAGACACCAAUGAUAAGUGCCAGGCCGCCGUGUGCGAGUGCGACCGCGUGGCAGCUCACUGCUUCGCUCAGCACACGUACGACCCCAAGAACAAAAACCUGGAUCCCAAAGUCCACUGUGUCGACUGAGCGGACUCACAGAGGCACGACCAGGCGUUUGGCCUCAAACGCCACGCGCACACACAGCGCUUAUUGGAAACGAGCUUCCAGUUGGUGUAAAAUAAAGCUGUGUCGUCGUGUUGUUCCA